ACUGAUCUACUUUAGUUUUUCUGAUUCCAUUUCUUUUUUAUAUUAAUCAUUAUCGUCACAUAAUAUUAUUAUUAUUAUUAAUAUAAAUAGGAUUUUCUUAUGCAUCAGGUGUAUAAUAGACACCUGAAUUUAAUUAUUAUGUUCUAUUUUUUGGGUUCAGUCACUGCGUUAGUUUUUUUUAGUCUGGUUUGAUUUUAUCGGUUUCUUUAUCACCUCCGCUCGUAUCCCUGUCGACCGUCGAUCAUCAAACUCGCGGGAACUCACUGCAACACACUAAUUCACCAGCUGAAGCCAGCAAGUCUCUGUUCCAUCUAAUAAAUUUUAAAAGUCUGAGAUCGGGAGUUUUAUCUCAUUUGUUUAUCGAAAUGUCAAAUGCAUCAGUAGUCCAACCGCAGGCGGAGUCUAGCGAUGCCAAUUUCUCUCGCACUUUCAAGUACUUAUUAGCUACACAAUUCUUGUCGAGAGGAAUCCCUUUUAUUUUCAAUUCCUGGAUUAUCAGGCACCUCACUGAACAAGAUUAUGCGAUAUACGCAGUUCAAUUUCAUCUAUUUGUUACCUGCGUCUUGUUUCUUAGUCGAGAGGGAUUCCGGCGAGCUUGCAUGAGGGCUGAAGUUAAAAGUGAUGGUACUUCAAGUGAAGCGUAUGCAUUAAAGCUAUUAAAAGUAGCUUGGAUGACUCUUCCUCUUGGGAUAGUUAUCACAUUUGCCGCUUGCAUUUUUGUUUUCUGGUGGCAAGGACUAAACCUUAAUGACUCUUAUGCACAAGCUAUCUUGAUAAACGCUUGUGCAUGUAUACUGGAGCUAUUAGCUGAACCAUUAUACAUCCUCUCUCAGAAUUUACUUCUUCUCAAACUGCGAUUGAUGGCUGAAACAGUUGCUACACUUUUGCGUUGUCUAACAAUGUAUAUCCUUAUUGUCAGACAACCCGGCAUGGAGAAAGAUAUUGUUUUUGCAUUGUCACAGACUGCAUAUGGAGCUUGCUUGUUCAUAGGAUAUUGGAGCUAUUUUCUUCUUUUCUGUUCAUUUGGAAGUUCUGAACUUUUUCCCUUCAGUUGUCGUAUUGUUUUCAGACUAGGAACUAUAAUGGAUUAUGAUAAGCAACUCUGCAACAUGUGCAUGCUAUUUACUCUUCAAUCCUUUCGGAAGCUAGUCCUUCAGGAGGGAGAAAAAAUGGUCCUUGUGUGGCUGGAUACCCCAUAUAAUCAGGCUGUAUACGGGCUUGUUGACAAAUUAGGAAGCCUAGUGGUGAGGUUGGUGUUUUUGCCAUUUGAGGAAAGUUCAUAUGCUACAUUUGCUAGGUCUGCAUCAGGACAACAUCCAGAGAAGAGAAGGAAGUUAGGAGGCUACCUUACAGAGGCCCUGAAGCUUGUUUUGUUAAUUGGUCUUGUAUUCAUGGCAUUCGGUCCUAGUUACUCUUACUCUCUCAUCAGAUUAUUAUAUGGAAACAAAUGGAGUGACGGAGAAGCAUCAACAGCUCUUCAGUAUUAUUGCCUUUAUAUCAUUGUUUUGGCUAUGAAUGGUACAUCUGAAGCAUUCUUACAUGCUGUUGCAACAGAGAAGCAACUUAAACGCUCAAAUGAUUCACUGCUUGUUUUCUCAAUUAUAUAUGUGGUAUUGAAUGUCCUACUGAUACGGUCAGCUGGUGCAAUUGGCUUGAUUUUGGCCAAUUCAUUAAAUAUGAUUUUGAGGGUUAUAUACUCGGCGGUAUUCAUAAAGCAUUACUUCCAGGAUUCUUUUGCAUUUUCUUUUCGCAGCUGCUUGCCUUCAGGUUGGACAGUUCUGUUGUUUUCAGGUGUAGCUACUCUCAUUUCUGAGAAAGUGUUUCUGGACCAUAGAAAUUUCUGGCCAACAUUUUCUGUUCACUUUUUCGUCGGGUUAGCUUGCUUCUGCAUAUCCUCCGCAAUCAUUUAUCAACGGGAAAGGCCUUUUAUCAAUAAAAUUAUCCGUUUUCGCGAUCAUGUGGACUGAAGAAUGCUCUCUGCUCCAAGAGCUUUCAAGUGCUCCUUGUCAUUUGGUUAUGUGAUUAACAAAAGAGGCCUUUUUGUGCAGCCUCAAACCAUGAAGAUAGGGAGUCCAGGACCAUUUAUUUAUUCGAGGGAUACUGAUGACUGGUAUUCUAUAGAAAUUGAAUUCCCUGAAGUGAUUAGGAUUAAUAACAAGAUAAUUAACAUAUAAAAAAUUGUAAUGUUGUCACCAGAUGCCUUAGAAACUAGCUUUAUCUAACCCCACCCUUCUUCCUCCUGGCAUUCAUUCUCUCCCUCUCAGAAUAUAAACUGAUAUAGUUCUGUUUUCAAAUGUAUCUAUUUAUGGCACCUGCCCCAAUUGCUAACCGUAUGUGUAAUGUUGGGAAGAAAGAAAUAUCAAAAAGAGGAUUUUUGAAAGUGACAAACCAA